AUGUUGGCUCUAUUUCCCGAAGUUGAAGAAUCAACAAUCUCUAAGGAAGUUCUGGGAGAGCUGCCGGAAAUGGUUGCUGUUGUCACAGAGGCAGAACCAUGGACCCUCUACUUCGAUGGGUCUUCUACAUCGAAGGGUGGAGGGGCAGGUGUGGUGCUUGUCAAUCUCGAGGGGCAAGCCACGGCCUUCUCGUUUAAGCUAAAUUUCCCAUGCACGAAUAAUACGGCAGAGUACGAAGCUUUUGUUGCAGGGAUGUCUACAGCAAGGGAAAUGGGUGUCAAAGAAUUAAAAUUAUUGGGGAUUCAAACUUGGUGCUGA